CUGUUUUUGAGACCGUCGCGCGCGCCAUCUUAAGACCUGCCAAUAGGGAGGCGGGUCGCAUGCGGUUCCAAAUUCAAAUUUUCGUACGCGUAUUGUUGAUUAGUGGUUUGGAACGGACUACCACUCGUAAAUUACAUUUAAUAAGACGUUAAUAACUGUGAUUAAUAUUUUUCUUGUGACUGUGUGUGUGGAAUUAUUUCAAAAUGAACGGUGCCCCUUCAAGCUACAACAUGUCGAUCGUGGAUUCCUAUAAGAACUUUAUGGAAAGGAACAGUGAUCCUCGGACGGAGAACUGGUGGCUCAUGUCAGGGCCUGGUCCCCUCCUCACACUCCUGGCUUCAUAUCUGUACUUCUGCACGUCCGUCGGCCCGCGGUACAUGAGAGAUCGGAAACCAUAUUCCUUGAAGAAUACCAUCAUAUGGUAUAACAUAUCACAGAUAUUGAUGAGCAUUUUCUUAGUUUAUGAGGGCUUAGCUUCGGGGUGGUGGAGAGACUACAGUUUUUCAUGUCAACCAGUGGAUUAUUCCAACGAUCCAAAAGCACAACGGAUGGCAGCAGCAGUUUGGUGGUACUUCUUCGCCAAGAUCGUAGAGUUGCUGGACACGGUCUUCUUUGUUCUUCGGAAGAAGAAUAGACAGAUCUCAUUCUUGCACCUCUACCAUCACACCAUGAUGCCUAUUUGUGCGUGGAUCGGCACCAAAUUCCUUCCGGGUGGUCACGGUACUUUGCUGGGUGUCAUCAACUCUUUUAUCCACAUCAUCAUGUACACAUACUACCUGAUCUCGGGUCUUGGCCCGCAGUACCAAAAGUACAUUUGGUGGAAGAAGCACUUAACUACCUUGCAAUUGAUCCAAUUCGUCAUAAUCUUCUACCAUAACUUCGUCGUUAUGUUCAGUGACUGCAACUACCCCAAAUUCAUCAACUUCUUGCUGGCUCUUAACGCUGGCUUGUUCCUUUACAUGUUCGGAAACUUUUACUACAGGAGUUACGUAAAAGGUGUUACCAAAAAAGUACAAGUGAAAGACAGUUCCAACAACGCUAUUGCGAACGGUGAACCGGUAGUAGCAAAUGGUUUCUCGACUGUAGCUGAUGCUAAUGGUACAACGAUAGUAGCCAACGGUAAAGCGAAAGAAUGCUAGUGAAUUGCUCAAGUUAUUUGAUAAGAAUCUGAUUGUGAUACUAAUAAGACAAUUUUAUUUUUUAAGUUUGUACUGUUGUUGUGUUCUAUGGAAGUGCGUGAAAGUGAUUUUUGGUAGUGGUAUUGACACCCAUUUUAAAUGAGUUUCAAGUAAACGGUGUUAAAGACGGGUGGUCAUCUGGUCUUCUUAAUUUUACGUAUUGUCUUCAAUACUUUAAGGCUACUCAUAAUUUCUAUUUAAGUCUAAAUGAUUAUUUUAUUUAUAUAUUAUGAGCUUAACUUUGUUUCUAUUUAUUUAUUAUAUUAAUCAAUUCUUCUUAAUUCUAUUGUAUCAUUUAGAAAGUUAUUUUCAAUAAAUCAUACAUGACAUCAUCUAUAUAAGCUAAUUAGAAUUUAACCGAUCUCUGUAUGAGAUAGUACCUAAUUACGAUGGAUAUCAGGCCUAAAUUAGGCUAAUUAAUUUUCUGGACAACCAUGUGGUAUAUAUAAUAAACAUAUCUGUAUAUGUGAUAAAAUAUUAAAAUUAGGUAUGUGGAUAUGCUAUUUUUGAUAAAACUAUUGUAUUUUUGUAGUCACUAAAGGCAUUUUUGGUAUGAGUACAAUAAUGUGAUCACUUUUACUCGUAGUAUACUCAGUCGAAGAUGUCCUAGACAAAAUAAGUUGAAAACGUUUAUAGUAAAACGUGUAAUAGUAGACGUCUAUAAGUUCAAAUACUGUUUUACAUCCACUCUGUGUAUUAUUCACAAACUCUCGAUAUUAUUAAUCCUUCAUAGUAGAUAAAACCAAAAUAUAUAAAUGCAGACACACUCCAAAUUUUAAAUUUUACAAAUGUAUAAAAAAAAUUAUCAAUGUUUUUUUCCAAAGUGUGUACUCUCUGAGCUAUUUUAAUACGACUAUUCCAAUAAUUUAGGUAGGUAAUCAAUGAAAUUAUAUAAUUUUAGGAUUUAUUAUAGGUAGUUGAAUAAAGUUGUUACAAAUAAAAGACCAAACACCAAAAUCUACUGAUUUCUUGCAUAAAAAUGCAAUAAUGCAUUAAUAUACUUAACUUAAAAGUCAAUAAGAUAAUAAGUCUAGAACCAAAAUCACGAGAAAAAAAUUGACGUGUAAAAAUAUGUUUUGAACAAAAUAUUAUUAUCUUAUGAGUGAAUCUUCAUGCUCAGACAACACAUAUAGAAUAUUAAUGGAUUGAUGGAUGUUACUGUACAGAUAAGACUUGUUAUAAAUAUAAGGAUAAAAAUAAAAAAUAUUUUGUAAAUUAUA